GACGGGGCAAACGGAGCCGACCCAAGACCGGAACAAGGCGUGAAGCCUUCUAGAAUGGCCAACAGGGUUUCUGCGCUCGUCGCAGCUCAUGUUCAGUUUUGAUUUUACACUCACGCCAGCAAGAACAUGGCAAGCGUCCAACAACACACGACUCCUAAUGUGAACGUUGGAAGUCUCGCGCGACUUACACCCGUCAACCUGAUGCCGGAGCGGUACUCGCGUCACAUGAAGAUCCUGACCAAACUCAAACAGAUCCAACAGGUGCAAGUAUCUCGAGGUGCUGGCAACAGCUACGUCAUCGACGUGUUCACUACGUCGCAGAGUACAACGCGCAUCCCGACGAGUCUAAAACAUGUUAACUCCGAGGCCAAGGGACAGCAAGUUGCCACGCUUUUCAGCCGACCUGACACCCACGUGGAAAAGCGGUUCGCCGACUUUGUGAAGCUGCGCGACGAAUUGUACGACACCUGCCACACCGGUCCCCACUUGUACAUGAACUGCGGAUUCUGCAGUGAACUGACCCGAUACUUGUUGUUCGGAGCUGUGCUACCGGGUGCGUUGCUGACCUGGAUGCUGCCACAACGUCAGCGAGUGAAGGCGGUGCAGCGAUUUAUGGAGUCUCUAUUGCUGCUCGCUGUUGCGUGCCCAGUAAUCGACUCGGAAGCUUGCCCGUGCCAAGAAAAGCUCCCACGUCAGCUCUACAAGUUCCUCUUCGAAGCUUCUGCUUGAGCAUUUAUCACAUUGACACAACGUUUUAGACUUAUCUAUCCCUACAACUUAGAGUUACUGUAACAGUGUCAUAGGCACAAAGAGAAAUGAAAUAGGUGUUUCAAGUGGUGUA